ACGGACUGACACACCUGCACCACACACAAGCCUCGUCCCAUUAGCACACGCGCACAUUGGCGAUGGCAAGGGUGUGCCCAGGUGUAGGACAAAAUAUAUGAGAGAGGACUCGCGCCCUUAAAGUGGCGAUCAAAGUGCAUACUGUUCAAAGGUCUGAAGUUCUCCAGUCUGUACUUUAUGUUGACCUCAUAAACCCAGCGACUCGCGCUCACACCCAAACAUGGAAGCCGACGCUGCGCUGAGAGAGGGUGUUCGUAGUAACAUGGAGAUGUGGAUCAGAAAACUGGAAUGUGAUGGUGAUGUGGAAAAGCAACAUAUUUUUAAGAAGAAGUUUAUCAGUCGCCUGCGCCAGUCAGUCAUUGCUGAGGCCACGGAUAAAGCAAAUGAACAACACUAUGAAGUUCCAACAGAAUUUUUCCAAACAGUUCUUGGCAGCCGCCUGAAAUAUAGCUGCUGUUACUGGCCAGAGAAUGUGACAACACUUGAUGAAGCUGAAAUUGCUUCGCUGCAAAAGUACUGUGAACUUGCUCAACUGGAGGAUGGACAGGAAGUAAUGGACCUUGGUUGCGGCUGGGGCUCUUUUGGACUCUACAUUUGUGAACGAUUUCCCAAGUGCCAUGUGACUUGUGUAUCAAAUUCCAACACACAGAGACAGUUCAUUCAGUCUCUUGCACAAACAAAAGGCUUCUCAGACCGUCUUGAGGUUGUGACAGCUGAUGCUAACAUGUUCGUUACUUCCAAGAAGUAUGACAGAAUUGUAUCCAUAGAGAUGUUCGAGCACAUGAAGAAUUAUGAGAUGCUUUUCCAGCGAGUGAGCUCAUGGUUAAAGCCUAGUGGCUUUCUUUUUUUGCAAGUCUUUUGUCACCGCCAGUAUCCAUAUGCAUUUGAUGUCAAACCAGGGUCUGAUACCGAAUGGAUGGCAAAGAAUUUCUUUACUGGCGGAACAAUGCCGUCUAUGGAUCUCUUCUUGCAUUUUCAAAAAGAUGUCACUCUUGUAGAUUUUUGGGUGCUAAACGGUCAGCAUUACAGCAAAACGCUUGAGGCUUGGCUACAAAAGAUGGAUGCUAACAUAGACAAGGUGAUGGAAAUCUUCACAAAGGAAUACGGCUCUGAUGCAGAACAACAGAAAUCCAACUGGAGGCUCUUCUUCAUUUUUUGUUCAGAAGUGUUUGGAUUUAAAAAGGGAAAUGAGUGGCACAUAUCUUACCAGCUAUUCAAGAAAAAUAUCCCUAGUUUAAUGUGAAGGACCCAUUUGUGUUUUUCACCUUUUUUUUUUUUGAUAAUUCAGCUUGUCAUUUUCUUUAUAAGAAUGGAAACUUUUUUUAUAAAUUCAAAAUUAACUUGAAAAGUAUAUACGUUUAAAAUUUCAACGCUAUUUCUUGCUGAAAUACUUCAAAGAGUAAACUUAUAUAAAGUAUUGACUCAACAGACUUAUCUCCCGUUUUAAAGUACGAUCACUGAGGUGAAAAAUAAAUUUUUUUAUGUUUAAGAA